UUCCGGUUCCGGUGUGGACGGCUCGCUCUUUUUCCCCGCCGGGCCGCGGAAGGAGCGGCCGCGCUCUUGGUCUCUCUCGACCAUCCGCUGCCAUCCUCGUCGCCGCGGCGACCCCCUCACCCGCCGCCGUCAUGACUGAACAGAUGACCCUCCGUGGCACCCUCAAGGGCCACAACGGCUGGGUAACGCAGAUCGCCACCACCCCGCAGUUCCCGGACAUGAUCCUGUCGGCCUCUCGAGACAAGACCAUAAUCAUGUGGAAGCUGACCAGGGAUGAGACCAACUACGGCAUCCCACAGCGUGCUCUGCGGGGUCACUCGCACUUUGUCAGCGAUGUGGUCAUCUCCUCGGAUGGCCAGUUUGCCCUCUCAGGCUCCUGGGAUGGAACCCUGCGCCUGUGGGAUCUCACAACGGGCACCACCACAAGACGAUUUGUAGGCCAUACCAAGGACGUGCUGAGCGUGGCCUUCUCCUCUGACAACCGGCAGAUUGUCUCUGGAUCCCGAGACAAAACCAUCAAGUUGUGGAAUACCCUGGGUGUCUGCAAAUACACAGUCCAGGAUGAGAGCCACUCUGAGUGGGUGUCCUGUGUCCGGUUCUCACCUAACAGCAGCAACCCUAUCAUCGUCUCCUGUGGCUGGGACAAGCUGGUCAAGGUAUGGAAUCUGGCUAACUGUAAGCUGAAGACCAAUCACAUUGGCCACACCGGCUACCUGAACACUGUGACUGUCUCUCCAGAUGGUUCUCUCUGUGCUUCAGGAGGCAAGGAUGGCCAGGCCAUGCUGUGGGAUCUCAAUGAAGGCAAGCACCUGUACACACUAGACGGCGGGGACAUCAUCAACGCCCUGUGCUUCAGCCCCAACCGCUACUGGCUGUGCGCUGCCACAGGACCCAGCAUCAAGAUCUGGGACUUAGAAGGCAAGAUCAUUGUAGAUGAACUCAAACAAGAAGUUAUCAGCACCAGCAGCAAGGCAGAGCCGCCCCAGUGCACCUCGUUAGCCUGGUCUGCUGAUGGCCAGACUCUGUUUGCUGGCUACACUGACAACCUGGUACGGGUGUGGCAGGUAACCAUAGGCACCCGCUAGAAACUCUGGACAGAGCUCUAGAAAUAAACUGGCUUUCUAAAACUGG